GUUAGGUAAACGGACAUCGCGGGAGCGGUUGCAAAGAACACUAGGGGGCUGGACGGCAUGGAGGAAGCACUGCUGCCGGUCUAUAUCUACAGCCCUGAAUACGUUCAGCUGUGCGACAAUGUCAACAGCAAAGUGCCGCGCCGGGCCAGCAUGGUGCACUCCUUGAUAGAAGCCUAUGGACUGCUCAGGGAAAUGAGGGUUGUCAAGCCUAAAGUUGCUACCAUGGAAGAGAUGGCAGCAUUUCACACUGACGCUUACUUACAGCACCUCCGAAAGGUGAGCGAAGAAGGGGACAAUGAUGACCCUGAAACUACGGAGUAUGGACUAGGCUACGAUUGUCCCAUCACUGACGGUAUCUACGACUAUGCUGCUGCCAUAGGAGGAGCAACACUCACUGCUGCUGAACACUUAAUGGAAGACAAAGCCCACAUUGCCAUUAACUGGCCAGGUGGUUGGCAUCAUGCUAAGAAAGAUGAAGCCUCUGGAUUUUGUUACCUUAAUGAUGCUGUUUUAGGCAUUUUGAAACUGCGGCAAAAAUAUGACCGAGUACUCUAUAUUGAUCUUGAUUUACAUCAUGGAGAUGGAGUAGAAGAUGCAUUUAGUUUUACGUCUAAGGUUAUGACUGUAUCUUUGCACAAAUUUUCUCCUGGCUUUUUUCCAGGGACAGGUGAUGUAAAUGACAUUGGCCUAGGGAAGGGACGCUACUACAGUGUAAAUGUUCCCUUACAGGAUGGAAUCACAGAUGACAAAUAUUACCAGAUCUGUGAAGGUGUUCUGAAGGAAGUAUUUACAACAUUUAACCCAGAAGCCGUUGUCCUGCAGUUGGGGGCUGAUACGAUUGCAGGAGACCCUAUGUGCUCAUUUAACAUGACACCUGAGGGCAUUGGGAAAUGCCUAAAGUACAUCUUACAGUGGCAGCUGCCAAUUCUGAUCCUAGGAGGAGGGGGAUACCAUCUUCCCAAUACAGCUCGCUGCUGGACAUACUUGACUGCAGUAAUCCUAGGCCGUACCUUAUCUUCUGAAAUCCCAGACCAUGAGUUCUUUACAGAGUAUGGGCCAGAUUAUGUGCUGGAGAUUACACCUAGCUGUCGGCCUGACCGAAAUGAUGCUCCAAGAGUACAAGAGAUUUUGGAAUCAAUCAAAGGUAACCUGAAGCGUAUGGUUUAACGUGUCCCUGACAGAUGCAUUUCCUGCUGCCAUGUUUCCAUCUGUGGUCGAGUUCCCUGUACAGUAUUAAGGCGCAGUAUUGCAGGAUUGUGGUGUCAUCCCAUAUGUUGAAUAUACAGUUUUUUACAUGCUUUCUUUGAAUGAUUUUUUUAUAUUGUGCAUAUUAAACUUUGUUUA